GAUGGAAAGAGAGAACGUAUGGAUUAAUGAAUUAUUGUUAUAUUUUCGCGACGAAUUCAAACAAGAGCUAGAUGACGAAGAGAAAUAUGAAAAAUUCAGAUCAUACGCAAUCAAAGAACAAAUCAUUGAUAUAGAUGAAUUUGAUAAAGAAAAUAAUGAAAAGAACUUUAAAUAUAUAUUUGAAAAUUAUAUUAUUCAAUCAAAAACUAAAGAAAUUGUAUUGAUUUUAAAUUCAAUUCAUAGUCCACUUCAAACAAGAAUUUGUAAUUUAAGCAAAGAUUUAUUAGUUGAAAGACAAAAAGAGGUGAAAAGAUUGUUUGAAAACCGUACAACAACCAGUGGUUUUCAAUUUUCUUUUCAAGCUAAACGUAAUUUCAACUUGAAUAUUCAAAAUGAUUACCUAUUGGAUGAAAAUGAUUUUAUUCAUCGGGGAUUAUUCGAAAAGAAUAAAAUACUAUUUAGAGGAGAUGCAGGUAUAGGAAAAACUUAUCAUGCAAUGAAAAUUCUAUAUAAAUGGGCUUAUGACAAAACGUUUCUUCAAGAUUACAUUCUACUUUACGUCAAUCUUGCCAAUGUAAAAGAUAAUUGCCAAUAUAGCGAUAUAAUCUACGAUCAAAACUUUAGCAAAGAAUCUUGGGUAAAGAAAUGUCUUAUCAAUUUUUAUCUAUCGGAUAAAUGCGAUGAAAAUCCAAAACGAAUAAUUCUACUUUUAGAUGAUACCGAUAAAUUUUCAAUUGAAAAUUCCAAAUUUUCUCAUCUUUUUCAAAAUAUUAAUGAAAAUAACAUGAAAAUUAUUAUUUGGUCGAGAAAAUGGAAAUUCAUUUCUCACCUUCAAACAUUUGACCUAAUUUUUGAUAUUCAAAAAAUUAAUAAUAAUCAACUAUUUCAUUAUUUCAAUCAAGAAACAAAUUCAAUAGAAUUAUGGAAUUUUCUACAAAAUGAUACAGAUUUAUUGGAAAUAUGUAAAAAUCCAUUCUUUUUGCAGUUGAUGAAUAAAAUCUGGAAUAAUAAUGAAAUUAUCAAUAAAAAGUUAUCAUUCUAUAGCGAAGCAGUUGAAGAAUUGUUUAAAAAACAGAAUUUACUAAUAGACAGUUCAAUUAAGGAAAAUUAUAUAAGAGAUUGUUCAAUAAUGGCUUUAAACUCUUUAAUCUCGGAUAAUCCCAUUCCAAUUAACAAUAUUAUAGAAGAAUCUAUGUAUUUGUGGGGAUUAUUAACAAUUUUAAAAGAUCCAAUAAAGAUGAAAGAUAAGAAUCAAGUAGAUUUUCUACACGUUUCAUUUAAAGAAUAUCUCAUUGCGCAAUAUAUUAUUGAUAUUUUUCAGCAGAAAAAUGAAGUUGAAUUAUUGAAAAAAUCUCUGCAAAACUAUAAAAAUUGUUUUCUAUUAAAAAAUACUUUUCAAUUUAUUAAAGAAAUGAAUAUUCAUGUAUUUCUCCAAUUGGAAAAGUCUUUUUCGAAUAUUUCAUUAGUAAUGGAAAUUGAUGAGAGAAUUUUCAACAUUAUCAGAGAGAAAUCUACGAAUGUUGUUGCCUUAAAGAAUGUUAAAAUAAUACCAACAAUAUGGCCGAUUGUUGUGAAUAUUUGUAAAAAUAUUUCAAUUAUAGAUUUUACUGAUGUUGAAAUAGACUUUUCAGAUUUUAUUCAAUCCGGAUUAAAUAUUAAAGAUACUCUUAAAGUAUUGAAGGUUAAUGGAUGUUUUAAUGGAGAAAAUGAUGGAAAUAUUCUGGAAACUUUAAUUAAUACAUUUGAACAAUUAGAAAUAUUGAUUUUGAUUAAUAUUCAACUCGAAACGACAGAUUUGAAUGAUGUGAAUAUUAAAUUGGAAAAAUUAAUGGAAUUAACAAUACAAGAUUGUCAAAUUAAUGAAAUUGAAAAUGAAGAAUUUCUAUUAUGUCCAAAUUUAAUUUCUAUAAAUAUUAUAAAUAAUCCAAUUACACUUGAAACUUUAAAGAUUCUCUUGGAAAUUCUAGAAAUGAGUUACAAUUUAGAAAGAUUGAACGUAUCCAAUUGUAAUCUUUCAAUCUAUUCAGAUUGUAAUUUUGAAAAAUUCAUUAAAUGCCAUAAACAACUUACCGAAAUUGAUUUGUCAGGGAAUUUCUUUUGUAAACAAUACGAAAUAGACAUUUUAGAAGAGUUCAACAAUUCGAGAGAAAGUCAACUUAAAAGCUUUAAAAUGAAUAAUUGUAAAGUUAUCUUUCAAUCUCAAUUAUUAAUUGAAUUCCUUCGAUGCAAUAGAAAUAUUGAAAUUCUCGAAUUAUAUGGAAAUACAAUUGUUGAAAAUUGCAAUUUUCAUCUAAUUCAACAACUUUUUUUAGACGAAAAUAUAAAAGUGUUGAAAUUACCUAAAAUUCAACUUGAAAAUUAUAAUACAUUUUUAUCAGACAAGGAUAAAGAACUUUUGGAAAAGUUUGAUAGAAAAAUCAAUUUAACAACAUUAGGUUUUGAAAGGGAAUGCGAUAAUAAUGAAUUAAUGAUUUUUGCCCUUAAAAUGCUUAUAAUUUCUUCUGCAAACUUGCGAGAAAUCUGUACAGAAGAGGAAAUAUUUAAUGGAGAAAGGUUAACACCAUUCGUUCAGUCUAUACUAUCCUAUCAACUACCUAUGAAGGAGGGUAAAGAUUCAUUCUCCGAGGAAAAUCUUCCCAGUCAACAUCGUCAAGUAUCUGAAGAUCCGAAAGACUUGUACGGUUUUUAA